AUGGAACACGCUUGGCUGGACUCGCUGUCAGAAGACUGGAUUUCCCAGCCCAACUCCGACAACUCUGAUAUUCAGCUGCCGCUGCCGUCCCCCAAGUCUGUGGAGAAGCCACACACGCGUGACCUGUCUGGUCGCACUGCGCCAAAGAGCCCGAGCUCGGGAGUAGCGCCCCAACCAGAAACAAACGAUGCUUGCGGAAGCCCUCUGAGCGAGCGCAGCGCCAGCGACAUCAACAUGCCAUGGCGCCGCAUACCUUCGAAACUGUCGCAAGAAAUCAAACUUCCGCCCAACCAAGGGGCUUCAACCUCAUCGUCGAACGGCUCCGUUAUCCAUAACACAGUCCAGCAUGAACCUUCCCUUGGCGAAGCAGGAACAGGUGCGACGCCGGAAUGGAAACGGCGCCUCGUGGACGGGGCCAUGGACUACGGUGAGCAGCGGGACCUGUUUUGCUCUGCGGCCAGCGGUCUUCAGGACAUGUUCAGGCCACCUGCCGAGCACCCCACGAUCCCAGAGGAGAAGGAGGAGGGGGAGGAAGCAGGGGAGAUGCCAGAACACGAAACCACCAUGCCCUCGAGUCCCCCGCUCUUUGCGCGCCGCCGAGCUAGUACCGAACUCGAACAAGAGGUCAGCACGUUGGAGGAAGCAGAGGACGAGCCGGACAACCCAAACGACGUCACCCCCAGUCCCAGUCCAAGGAGGGCUCAGCGGGAGAUGAAGUAUAGGCUCAACAUCGAAGACCUUUCGGGCGUGGACACCCCUUCGAACCCACCGGCGAACCGCCAGAAUGCCCGCGGUCCUGAAGAUGUCGAGAUCUUCCGGGACGCAAGCUGCCUCAGUGCAGACAUGGGAAAUGCUACCAGGAAGACUAGCGGCCAGAGUGAUACGAGGAACGAGGACUUCAGCCCCAUCCUGAUCGGCAGGCAGAGCAACGACGACGGCAACAUUGGCUUCGUGCCGCUCGACUUCCCCGCGGACCAGCUUCAGCAGAAGCUGGAGCGCCUCCGCAUCAACCAGACCCUCUGGGACUCCCAGGCCGACAUCCAGGAGGCGUUUGACGAGGAAGGCGAAGGGUCUAGGAACCUGGAUACCUCGGAAGAAUUCGGCAGGCAAGGAGGCUACAUCAAUUUCAGGCGCGGCGGCAGAUCCAUCGAGGACUCGUUCCGUCAUCGCCCGCUGAGCCCCGGAUUUGUCGCUGACACGUCCGAGAUGCUCCCGGAAGAGUCCCUGCAAGCAAGCACGCCGAAGCAGUUCCCCACAAUCAGGUCGGUAGCUACGAAUCCCUACGAGAACGCAGACCCCCCGAGCCCGUCACUGCCCCGGGCGCCUUUCCCGAGCCCCGACAAGCGACAGGUGAGCCUGUCCAAGCGUGAUAGCCAACAGGAUCAGUCAACCGGCAACCCCCUCAAGCUUUUCGGACCCUACGACACCUUCACCAACCAGACUCUCCUCCGACGCAUCAGCCAGUUCGAGGACGGCUCGUCCGCCGAGCUCUCAGAGGACUCUGCGCUGCCUCAAGCUGCUUACGUUGAGCGUAGAGAGUCUUCUACCGAGACCAAGGCGGGACCUUCCAGCAACCCACCGAAGCUCGUGUCGCGCCCUCUGUCCGGGACGUUUGGCGGCGGCAACCUCGAGGGUUACCAGUUCAACAGCAAUGUGUCUUAUUCGGCGGACGAGUCAGGCUUCUCUGCAAAGGAGAACGUCUCGCCAUCACUGCAGCCGCCCUUCCACUUUGUAGUAGAGGAAGGGUCACCGGGUGAAGAGUUGGAAGUCACGGCUCUCAGGAGACGAGAGAAGUUGAGAUCGAUAUCGCUUCGAAAGCACUCUAAAAGCUCAUCGAUAAAAGGCAUAAGGCCAAUGGGCCUAGCUCAGUCGUCCCCCUAUGCGGAUAACAUACUGAAGUACGACCUGGGCUGGGAGAGCAAGCGGCCUAGGACGUCGCCGUCAAAGGACCCGACACCGAAACGCAGGCGAACGCUCCAUCGAUCUGAUAUCGCGUAUGGCCGGGAGAAUUUGACCGGCAUUGAUUUUGCGAGCCAGAAGAUCCAGAACAUCAUGGGCAAGAAGAGACGCGACAGCCGCCCUGCUGGCCUUGACUCUAGUGAGUCCCGGGUAUUGGCAGGUCGGUCCAAUCUCGUCCCCCACACACCGAGCAGCAACAUCAAGCCAGGUGCAUUCGGCCCCGAAGACGAUGAUGACGGGAGCACGCUGGCGGAGGCACUGCGCAACUCUCCCUACCGCCAGGACAGGUCUACGGCGAACGACGCUGCAGAUGGAGUGAGAAAGCCCUCGAUCCGGACACAGGACUUUGUCGACCAGGCCGCGCAGAUUAUGGCUAUGAUUCGCAACCAGGUCCAUCCUACCGGAUUGUCAAGCGUCGACGAGUCCGGCGCGGAAAACGUGGAGCUCAGUCCCAGUCUGUCGAACGAUUUUGGGUCAGAGUCUACUAGGGAGCCCCUCUCGCGGCCACCCAGCCGCGAAGGCAAGUCGUCGGUAUCGCGCCCUCCGCUGCGGCAAGAGGACCCUACGCUCUCCGACAAGCUCAAGAAGUACCAGGAAGCCAGCGAUAUCGGUGACAUCAUCUCUUCUUCCAUCCGUUCUCUCGGACUGGCAAAGGACGCCACGCUUGCAGAGAAGUUCGCCGUCAACAAGGUCCACGAGGACCAGCAGCGCUGGUCAAACCGUGCGCUGCCGGCAGAAGGGGGGGAGCUCAUCAGCGACAUACCAAACGUACGCAUCUCCACAAACCCAGCCCGCGACGACUCACCCCCAGGCCCCCACCGCGACUACGUCUCAGAGGGUUCAGGCAUCUCGACGAACCGCUCGUACCCGACCGGGUCCUCGAGAGGGUCCGAUUCAAGACGGGUCAUCAUGCCAGAGAGCAUCUCCCACCUCAUCCCGGAGCGGGUGGGCAGCAUGCAGCUGGACCGAGGCAGCCACAUGUGGAUCAAGAACAAGGGGCCGCGGCCUGCUCAGACGCCCAACGUGCUCCCCUCGGACAGCGAGGAGGACCCGUUCGCCAGCAUCCCCGAUCUCACCGUUGACCUCAGCAAGGAGAUGCAAAAUCUCCGGCUCACCAGUGCGCGGAAAGAGCGCGGCUUCUACUCGCCAGAGCAAAAGCUGCCACUCUCUCGGGGCCUGGCGGUGGCUGUCCCUGGACAGGCCAAGAAGGGCUACAUCCCACAAUAUCCCGAGGCAGCCCAGAGCCUUGGCAUUGCCCCCACCCCGGGAGACGACGAGUCAGAGCAGGCGGACAGGCCACCAGCAGCCAGACCGGCCCGGCGCGACGCAGAAGCCAGCGACAGCGACGACAGCCUAGAGGACUCGGCUGGGAAGGUCCGCCCACGCAACGUCACCAUCUCAUUCUCUUCGCCGGUGGCAUCCAUCAUCCAAGACCCGCGACCGAAGAGCAAGGACAGCAACCUGGAUGAGGAUGUGUCGCCCGAGGGCAGCCCCCCCGGGCAGCACGUCCCCAACCAUGCUGCUGCCACCGGAAGUGCCAAGUCUGCGCUCAAGAACGGCGGCACGGUGCAGUCCCGGCGCGACGGGUUCGUCCCCCGUCCCGUGUCGCGCAUCGACGAGCAGGAUGAGGACAGUACUGUGGAGCUCCCUCACCACGAGAGCAACAACCAGCAGCUCAGCAUCCUCGGCGAGACUAGCGUCAUGAGCCACAGAACACCAGAGUGCCGACACACCAGCCUCAGCUUCAUCUGGAACGGCACCCCGGGCAACGGGGCGCUCUCCGUCAGGGGAGACGACAGUGCCGUUAUCGGGCAGAACGUGGGGAGGCUGUCCCUGAGCCCGCUGUCCGAGUUUACCCUGCACACCGCGGAGCGGCCGUGCGGGUUCGAGGUCAGCUAUGUCAUGGGGCAGCGGCACAUGGAGACGGGAGACGGCAGCAAGAAGGUGCUGUCCAUGGCGAUUCGGGACCUGGUGGAGAAGCUCGCCGAAGCCGAGCCCUGCGAGCCGUUCUGGGAGGACCUGGAGGAGCUGGACCUGCAGGGCAAGAAGCUGACGAGCCUCCACACACUGGACGAGUUCUGCAGCAAGGUGGUCACGCUGAACGCCUCCAGGAACGCGCUGGGCCACCUGGAAGGCGUGCCGCAGAGCGUGCGGCAGCUCAAGGCAUCGCAGAACAUGCUGACGGAGCUUACGUCGUGGGACCACCUGCAGAACCUGCAGUACGUCGACGUGUCGGGCAACGAGCUCGGCAGCCUGUCCGGACUCAGGAACCUGGUGCACCUGAGGAGCCUGAGGGCCGACAACAACCGCCUGACGAGCCUCGGCGGCCUGGACUGCCACGACGGACUUCUCUCCCUCCGGGCUCGCAACAACGAGAUCGAGGAGGUGGACUUUGCGACGCUGCAGCUCUCGCGGCUGACGGAGCUCGACCUCGCAGGCAACCGGAUCGGCUCGGUCCAGAACCUGGAGCUGGCGCCGCAGCUGGCCAGCCUGAAACUGCCGCGCAACCGGCUGGACAGGCUGGCGGUGCGGGGCAGCCUCAGGAUGCUGCGACACGUCGACAUCAGCGACAACGACGUCACAACGCUGGACGUCAGCGGGCUGCCGGGGCUGCACUCCCUCCUCGCGGACCGGAACCGCAUCAGGUCGCUGCACGGCUUCAGCCGCGCGCGGCGCCUGGACAGCCUGUCACUCCGGGAGCAGCGCGGGGACGGGGUGAUGAAGCUCGACUUCCUCGCCGCGGCCUACGAGAUCCGCAAGCUGUUCCUGUCGGGCAACUACCUGGGCACGUUCUCGCCGCAGGUGGACUUCCUGAACCUGCAGUUCCUGGAGCUGGCCAACUGCGGGCUGGAGUCGGUGGCGGCGGACCUGGGCCAGCUGAUGCCGAACCUGCGGACGCUCAACGUCAGCUUCAACGCCAUCUCGGACCUGUCGCCGCUGCGAUACAUCCCGCGACUGAAGAAGCUGCUGGCGGCCGGCAACAGGCUGGCCGACUCGACGGCGGCGACGGAGCUCCUGACCGACUUCCCUCACCUGACGCAGCUCGACGUCCGCGACAACCCGAUGACGAUGGGCUUCUACGCGCCGCUGCAGGUCCUCGUGCCCACGACGGCGACGGCAGCAGACGACGACGACGACGGCGGCAGCGGCAGCGGCAGCAGCAGCAGCAGAAACAAGUCCGGCAUCGACCCGUUCGCGCUGCCCGAUGCCGACGCCGAGAGGGACGACCUAUUCUCCCGACGACUGGAUCAGACCACCAGGUUGAGGCGACGUCUGCACCAGGUGGUGUUUUCCGCCAGCUGCAAGAGGCUGCGCAAGCUCGACGGCCUGACCGUCAGACGGGACAAGGUCCUCGCUCAGGACGAGGUCCUGUCCACUCUUGUCAACGAGGGUCUACUGCCCAAGCUGGACAGCACCGACGACGGAUCUCCCGAGCAGAAGCAGCAGCAGAAGCAGCAGCAGAAGCAGCAGCAGAAGCAGCAGCAGAAGCAGCAGGGUGAGGAGAAGAGAAAGGAGUGA